AUGGCUCUUCGUAAAGUUAAGGGAAACUUGGAACGUAUGUUUGACAAGAAUUUGACGGAUCUUGUCCGGGGAAUUCGGAACAACAAAGACAAUGAGGCCAAGUACAUAGCUCAAUGCAUCGAAGAAAUCAAACAAGAAUUGCGACAAGACAACAUCUCUGUGAAGGCUAAUGCUGUCGCAAAACUUAACUAUCUUCAAAUGAUGGGUUAUGACAUCAGCUGGGCGGGCUUCAAUAUCAUCGAAGUAAUGAGUUCUUCAAAGUUCACAUACAAGCGAAUUGGUUAUCUAGCAUCUUCCCAAUGUUUCCAUACUGACACUGAGUUGUUAAUGCUUACCACUAACAUGAUUCGAAAAGACCUAAACAGCCAAGGGCAGUAUGAUGCUGGACUUGCCCUAUCUGCAUUAUCGUGUUUCAUUAGCCCUGAUCUUGCUCGAGACUUGGCCAAUGACAUCAUGACUCUUCUAACAUCUACCAAGCCCUACCUGAGGAAAAAAGCAGUCCUUAUGAUGUACAAAGUAUUUCUACGUUUCCCAGAGGCUCUUCGGCCCGCUUUUCCAAGGUUAAAGGAAAAGUUGGAAGAUCCAGAUUCAGGUGUCCAAUCUGCAGCCGUAAAUGUAGUGUGUGAAUUAGCUCGCAAAAAUCCGAAGAACUACUUGAGUCUUGCCCCCAUGUUCUUUAAGCUAAUGACUACAUCAACUAAUAAUUGGAUGCUAAUCAAAAUCAUCAAGCUGUUUGGUGCUCUGACUCCCUUGGAGCCUCGCCUUGGUAAGAAACUCAUAGAGCCUCUUACCAACCUUAUCCACAGCACAUCUGCCAUGUCAUUGCUUUAUGAAUGCAUCAAUACUGUGAUUGCGGUCCUGAUCUCCAUUUCGUCUGGGAUGCCAAAUCAUAGUGCUUCUAUACAGUUGUGUGUUCAAAAACUCCGCAUCCUGAUUGAAGAUUCUGAUCAAAAUUUGAAAUAUCUGGGCCUUUUGGCAAUGUCAAAGAUACUGAAAACCCACCCUAAAUCAGUUCAAGCUCACAAAGAUCUUAUCAUGCAAUGUCUGGAUGAUAAAGACGAAUCUAUAAGGCUAAGAGCUCUCGACCUUCUUUAUGGAAUGGUGUCGAAGAAGAAUUUGAUGGAAAUUGUUAAGAAGUUAAUGGUCCACAUGGAUAAAGCAGAAGGCACAACAUAUCGAGAUGAGCUGUUGUCAAAGAUAAUCCAAAUAUGCUCUCAGAACAAUUAUCAGUUCAUAACAAACUUUGAAUGGUAUGUCAGUGUCUUAGUGGAACUGACAGAUAUGGAGGGAACUCAGCAUGGUCCAUUAGUGGCUACACAAAUGCUUGAUGUGGCCAUCAGAGUCCAACAAAUACGUAGUUUUGCUGUCUCUCAAAUGGCUUUGCUGUUAGAAAACGCUCACCUCUUCUUUAGGCCUAGCUCAAAAAUGGCCGAUGUGCUUUAUGCUGCUGCAUACAUUUGUGGAGAAUUUGCAUCAGAACUCUCGGACCCUCAAGCCACAUUAGAUGCCAUGCUUCGUGGUAAAUUGGUACAGCUUCCAGGACAUAUUCAAGCUAUUUAUGUUCAAAAUAUUUUAAAGGUUUUUGCUCACAUUCUGAGCCAGGAAGAGGAGAAAGGAGACAAUGAUGGAAUAUUACAUUUGUGUGACUCAGUGAGUUCCAAACUUCAACAAUUUGUAUCCAGUGCUGAUCUAGAAGUCCAAGAACGGGCUAGUUCUGCUGUUCAGCUUGUGCGCUAUGUUCACAAGCAAAUCAGUAAAAAUGAAACAGGCAUAGCAGAAGAAGUUGCUGCUCUUUUCACUGGAGAACUCAAUCCUGUUGCCCCUAAAGCACAGAAGAAAGUCCAAGUUCCUGAAGGCCUGGAUUUAGAUGCGUGGAUAAAUGACCCUCCUCCAUCGAGCAGUUCAGAUGAAGAAGAUUACAGCAGAGAAGAUAAUUCAAUUUUCAUCAAUGUUGUUGGCAAUAAAUUUGCUCCAUCAGCCAUUCCUGAACCAACAGAGGAGGAGCUAGAAAUUAGGAGAGCAGCUCGAAAGGUUGAACAAGCAAGCAACCCUCACUAUCUCAAAUCUUCCCAUUCCUCUAGUCGUCGAUCUGAGAAAAUGAAUGGACAAGAUGAUAUCAAUAACAUUCCAGUUGCAGAAAUUGAUCUACCUGUUCCCUUAAAGAUUCCAGGACUUGCUUCAUCUAAUCACUAUUCGUCGCCAUCGAAAGCCUAUGAAACAGAUCUGGAUAAGCAUUCAAAGAAAGAUAAGAAAAAGAAGAAGAAGCGAAGGAAGGGAAAAGUGUCGUCAGAUGAUGACGAUGAUGAUAUUCAAGCUUUACAUGUUGUCAAUACUGACAUUGGGGAAAUGCCAGAAGGUGCAGAGUUGUCUGAUCCUGAUGACAAUGAUAAUAGGCCACAGGAUGAUCCUCAUAGAGCUUUGGAUAUUGACCUUGAUGAGCCUCUCCGUGAUGAGGAGAAGUUACCCGUGCCAUCACAUCGUUAUGUGGACGAUGGUAUUCCUGAUGACAUGGAACUUGAAGAUGCUGUUGUGGCCAAGCCAACUGAUGAGAAACGAAUCAAGUCUUCUGACAAGCACAAGAAACGUAGUAAAGAGAAAAAGACAAAACACAAGAAAGAUUCCAAGAAAAAAUCAGUUAUAGAUGAAGGACGUCAAAGAGGAGUUGGCAGUGAAGAUAUAAAGACUGAUCUGACCAAUGAUGUUGACUUAUGGCUUAACCUUGAUACUCCUGCUAUAUCCAAUGAUAUCAAAAGUGAGCCCAAAGCAUCUGCUGAACUUCAGGGUGAUGAGAAGAAGAGCAAGAAAAGCAAGAAAAAGAGCAAGGAAUCAGAACGGCCAUCUAAACAUAAAGAUUCGUCCAAGUCAAAAGAAGGAUAUGAAGAAGCUGCUGGUAUUUCAACACCUUCAAAGGAAAUCCUCAGUUUCUCAGAAAGGAAUCAUAAUGCACCGCCCUCAGCUGCUGCUCCACCUCUGUCUGCUUAUACCAAACUUGCUUCGGAUAAAACUUUACAACUGAUGCAUGAAGUGAGACCAGUUGGUUUGGAGAACAAUCAGAUUGUGGUGUCAGUAAUGUUCAAAAAUAUUAGUUUACAUCUGGUCAAAGAGAUGGAUUUCAGUGUUUCUGAUUCUUCUUCUGUCAAGCUAAUGAAAAGUGAUGGUGACCAUUAUGGUGUAAAGCUUCCAUUCCAGUUGAAAGCAAGCGCCUCUGGUGAGGCUCUCUUUGCUUUUGAAGUGUCAGAUGUUACAUUUGCUCAAAAGUUGAGGUGUACGCUAACGUACAUGACUGAGGGUGCUGAAAACAUAUCCACUCAAGAAAAACUAGACUUUUGGUUACAUUUGCCUUGCUCAAGCUUCAUGAUAGGGCGCUUGUCUCAUCGUGAGACUGUUACUGAUUUGCUGGCCGGUGGCACCCUAACUGCUAGGAGCAAUUUGACACUGGAGAAUUUGAGCUCAGACUUUUCUCAGAUUUUGCAGCGAGUAUGCUUUUAUGCCCAUAUGACAUUGGUGGAGCAAGUGGACCUUACAGCUUCACUGUAUAGUCAUUCAAUUCAACAGCACAAUGUGUGCCUGCUUCUUAAGUUUAAUCCGUCAUCAAAGACCCUAGCUGUGGAUGGUAAAAGUGACUGUAGCCCAUUGCUCUCUGCUAUCCUUGAAGAAAUUCGGAUCCUCUUGCAGCCCUCAACAUAAUGUGAUAGUGCUUCCUGCUCCAUGACAGAGGAAGGGUGGAUUUUCCACCAGGUAUCUUGUUUAUGUUGCUUGCAACAUGAAUAUUAGUUUGAAUACUAUGCUAAAGUGUGUUUUUCAGUUGACUGAGUCUAGACUUGGAUUUCCAAAAUGGAGUUAGUAGGUAACUGGUGGUAUAUGCCAGUCAGUGUAAGUUCUUUAUCAAGUCAGGGUCCUGUUCAAUAUUUUUUAUGAAAGCAUGGACUUGUAUAUCAUGUUUUCUAUUCACGACUGAUUGUAAAAACAGUGUAGUUUUAUUCUAUGUUUUAUGUAUGUGAGAUUAUUAUUGUUACAAUCAUUUUACAUUUUGUGCUGGAGCUCUUGCAGUCUGUAUCUCCUCAAAAUCAUGUGUACUUGCCUUGAGUGGUGGAUUCAUUCACCUAACAGUAUUUUUGGACAUAGACAUUGAUUUUGAACAGUAGUAUAACAGCCUCUAGGUUACUCUAUCAGAUCUAUUUUACUACACAAAUUCUCAGAAAACUAGUUGGUUCUGAAUAAAGGAUUACUAUUAUUACUCUAUUUCAUCUCAUACACUGAUAUUCCUUUCUUUGUUUAAAAAGAAACUUCCUACAAACUAUAUUUUUAUUGAGCCAGUUUGUCCGUUGUUCCAGUCAAUUACUAUCCCAGUCACUAGAUUAAAACCAGAAUCAUCCUAGUGAUAAGUUUGUAAUUUGCCUCCUGUGUCAGCAUGCCGUCAGUUUCUACGUCAAGUUUGCUGUUAAACCUUCAAUCCUGUUCCAAUGUUAUCCGUCCACCAAAGAUCUAAUUUUUAUUCAGACUGUUAAAUCGAGUGCGACUGUGUCUUGUAACUUAAUGAUCACAACUGAUUUUUCUGAAUUUAUAAAGAUAAAAGAUACUUAAAAUCUUUUUCAGAUUGUGUGGUGAUCAAACAUAUUUAGUUCUGUAGCCUGAAAAAUACUUUAAUUCCAUUCUGAAUGUUCUUUACUUGUAGUAUGUACUUGAAGAUUUUUUCUAUUUUUAAUUAGCUUACAAGGACUAAUGCUUGAUGUUGAGAAUGCUAGUGUUGUGUGGUGUGGUAUAUUCACAAGUCUGACUUGGUAAAUAUGUUAUGUGUCCAUGAUUUGCUUUUUUGCCUGGAGUAUUAUAAUACAUAAUUUAAACUGUCCUAAUGACGCAAGGCAACAUUUAUUCUAAUUAAACCAUGUUAUUACAUGCGGGCCUGAAAAAAAAAA